AACACCAAGCCAGGACAAUGGAGUGUGGUCACUGCGGCGAGCGCGUGUCCAUCCCGCGGGGAGCACGCGCUGUGCACUGCGCGCACUGCCGCGGGGUGACGCGCGUCGGCCGACGGCACGGCGCCGUCGGUUUCGUCGUGAACAUGAUCACCAACAUGGCUGGCGGCGGCCGCACGAGGCCGGCAACGCCGCCGAGGCUGCGGGAGGCGAACUACCCCAGAGCCCACGGCGACAAGCGCGCCCUCCUGGUCGGCAUCAGCUACGCGGGCACGCACCUCCGUGAGCUGAGCGGCCCCAUCACCGACGUCAAGAGCAUGAGCUUCCUGCUCACCCAGAAGUACGGGUUUCCAGGCCAGUGCAUCCUCGUGCUCACCGAUGAGGAGAGCGACCCGCACAGGACGCCGACCAAGUCCAACAUCCUGCUGGCGAUGCGGUGGCUCGUGCACGGCUGCAGCUCCGGCGACUCCCUCGUGUUCCACUUCUCCGGCCACGGCGGCCAGGUGGGCGACGAAGACGGCGACGAGCGGGACGGGAAGGACGAGGUGAUCUGCCCGCUCGACUCGGACCCGGACGACUACGGCAGCGACAUCCGGGACGACGAGAUCAACGCGGCCCUGGUCCGGCCGCUCGUGCACGGCGUCAGGCUCCACGCCGUCGUCGACGCCUGCCACAGCGGCACCGUCCUUGAUCUGCCCCACCUCUGCAAGAUCAAGAAGAACGGAGAAUCGGAAUGGGAUGACGAGAGCCCUCCGAACGGCGCCUGGAAGAAGACAAGCGGCGGGCAGGCGGUCCUGAUCAGCGGCUGCGCCGACACCCAGACGUCGAUCGACGGGAUCGGCGACGAGCUCGUGGGCAUGGGGGCGCUGACGUACAGCUUCUUCACGGCGGCGCUGUUCGCGCAGCGGACGCCCACCUACGCGCAGCUGCUCGCGACGAUAAAGGCGAUCAUCCGCGAGCGCAACGCCGACGGCCGGAUCAACUGCAGGCUCCCCGCGCCCGUCUGCUCGCUCGUCCGCAAGGUGGUCAACUUCAGCGGCGUGCAGGAGCCGCAGCUGACUUCUUCGGACAAGUUCGACAUCAAUCGGACGCAGUUCCUCCUAUGAACAAGGCAACCACCUACCUCUGCCCUCAACAGACGUACGUUCUUCGUGGUGAGACCUGGAUUGUGUGCUAGAUCAAUCAAGUCGUUGUGGCUUCUUUUUUCUUUUUUGCAUGGUAAUAAUACUAGUGUCUUAGGGCAUGUAUAAUGGUUAAUAAGAUAGUCUUAUCUUAAAUCUUGCAUUGUAAUAUAGAGAUGAUAAAAAAAAGUCUACAAUGAGUCAUCUCUUAGCCUUAUUUUAUGUAACUAGCAAAAGGGCUCGUGCGUUGCAAUGGAAGAAAAAAAUACGACACGUUUUUAAUCU